AUGAGUCUGCCUCUUUAUGGACCAGUACAGCCACGAGAGCGUUUUCUUCUUCCAUUGUCUAUUUCUCACAUCUUUGGAGUCUUAUCAGCAUACUACGCUUUGGUAAACGGAGCUUGUGUCUAUAUGAUGUCGAAGAUUUCUCCGAAAUCCCUUGUAGAAAACAUUCUCAAACUAAGCAUCAAUGUUUCUCACAUUACUCCAGCGAUGAUCAUGUGGCUUGCCAUGGAUACAACUACGGAAAAUAUUGCAUCCAACUCUCUUCGUUCUGUGCUAGUCGCCGGCGCACCGGUAGACUCAAAUAUGGCCAACAGUGCUAAGCGAAAAUUGAAUCUUAAGGAUCUGAGGCAGAGUGGGAAUGCUUUUCAAGGUGAUAGCAAGACCACUGUUUAUGCUGUCAAACUAUUUUACGCGUUUAUGCAUUUUAUACUGCAAAAGGUCUUUAAGAUAGUUAACUGGGAGACAAAACAACUCUGUCCACCCAGAACUCCAGGACAUCUCAUGGUAUUAGGGCCACAAGUAAUGCCAACUUACUACAAAAAUCCAAAGGCGACGGCCGAAUUACUUGACCCAAGUGGUUACGUAAAGACAGGUGACGCGGCAUUCUAUGAUGAAACAGGCCGUAUCUAUGUUCUCGAUCGAAUUAGGGAUAUUAUCAAAUAUAAAGGAACAUUGGUAAAAAAGAUUUUUUCCUAUAUUACUGGUUUUUCUAACUUUGAGAAAGAAUCCGUGAUUUUUUCAUUGAAGAUCUGUCCAUCAGAAGUAGAGUUGAUGCUCAGAGCUCAUCCAGGGAUCGAAGACUGCGCGGUUGUCGGUAGACAAGAUCAUGUGUCUGGUGAAAGCUUAUUCAAUCAGCAGGUGCCGGCCGCGUUCGUCGUAAAGAGCCCAACACAUCCUCUACUGUCGUCCGCCGAAGUGAGACAGUACGUAUCUGGGAAAAUAGCGACGUUCAAAGAGCUAAGAGGAGGCGUGUUUUUUAUUUCUGAAAUCCCUCGCACAAUCUGUGGCAAAGUGCUACGUAGACAACUACGACAAUUCUGGGACAGAGAAAGGGCAAAUUCGAAGGACGUAAUUUCCAAGGAUGCAAAACCACAGAAAGCAAACGAAAGGAUCGAAAAGACGCCUGUGAAACGAGCGAAUGGCUCAGCUACACCAACAAAAAAGCUGAAUAAAGCAGGAAAGAAAUAG